CGCAGCUUGUCAAUUUCAACAUCGGGUCACAUGACCAGCACCUCCCUGCUAAGGAUGGGGAUAGAUUUCCACGUCAGCUUACGUCUCCAAAUUUCUACUUCACGGAUCCGCUUCAAAGAGGCAGCUGCAGUGGAGAAUCAUGUUAAGCUCGGCUACUGCGGAGAGCCCAAGGUAGCCCAAUGAUGGAUUUUGAUGAGCGUGGUCCCUGCUCCUCUAACAUGUAUUUGCCAAGUUGUACUUACUACGUCUCGGGUCCAGAUUUCUCCAGCCUCCCUUCUUUUUUGCCCCAGACCCCGUCUUCGCGCCCAAUGACAUACUCCUACUCCUCCAACCUGCCCCAGGUCCAACCCGUGCGCGAAGUGACCUUCAGAGAGUACGCCAUUGAGCCCGCCACUAAAUGGCACCCCCGCGGCAAUCUGGCCCACUGCUACUCCGCGGAGGAGCUCGUGCACAGAGACUGUCUGCAGGCGCCCAGCGCUGCCGGCGUGCCUGGCGACGUGCUGGCCAAGAGCUCGGCCAACGUCUACCACCACCCCACCCCCGCCGUCUCGUCCAAUUUCUAUAGCACGGUGGGCAGGAACGGCGUUCUGCCACAGGCUUUCGACCAGUUUUUUGAGACGGCCUACGGCACCCCGGAAAAUCUCGCCUCCUCCGACUACCCCGGGGACAAGAGCGCCGAGAAAGGUCCCCCAGCGACAGCUGCGACCUCCGCUGUGGCGGUGGCGGCGGCGGCCACGGGCGCGCCGGCAACUUCAAGUUCGGAAGGCGGCGGCGGCUGUCGGGAGGCGGCAGAGGAGAAGGAGCGGCGGCGGCGACCGGAGAGCAGCAGCAGCCCCGAGUCGUCUUCCGGCCACACUGAGGACAAGGCCGGCGGCUCCGGUGGCCAACGCACCCGCAAAAAGCGCUGCCCUUAUACCAAGUACCAGAUCCGAGAGCUGGAGCGAGAGUUCUUCUUCAGCGUCUACAUCAACAAAGAAAAGCGGCUGCAACUGUCCCGCAUGCUCAACCUCACCGACCGUCAAGUCAAAAUCUGGUUUCAGAACAGAAGAAUGAAGGAAAAAAAGAUUAACAGAGACCGGCUACAAUACUACUCCGCUAACCCACUUCUCUAAGGCUCCGGCCUACUGGAAUUGGGAGAGGAUCUUCUUCAUACAUUUGAAAUAAUAUGCAGAUUUUGCCCUUGACAAGGUCAAGACACAUGGUGACUUGGGAAAAAAAAGGGGGGGGUGAUGUAGGAGAGAGGGGAGGCUUUCUUUGCAGAGAUAGCCCAAUGGGAAGGAACCUGACACUCUCUUGGUUCAGAUCUCAACGGCUAAACUUCCUAUUAAUUGGAUUCUAAGAGUUGUGAAUCAACAGAAUGAAUGGUUUGGGACCCCUGGUGGUUCACUCGUAGAGCUUUCAAAAGCUUUAGGCUGGGUGUGGUCACUGGGGAUUGGGCCCCUGCCAAGCCCCUUGGAGGCCACCCCCCCCCUUAGGACCCUCUGCACAGAGCCUACCCACCCUCAGGUCUCCUAAGUGGAGAAGCUGUGAGCUCUUCAAGCCUAGCUCA